AUGGACAUCCAGAUUAGCAUGAAGGCUGCCAGUGACGACGACUGCACAUUGGGUGCCAGCUUUGCCGCUCCUUUCCCACACGGUCUUGAAGCCGAAGCUGUUCGCACGUUCAGCGGGAAGAGUCGGUCAACUUUGGGCAUGCUUUGGAUGCGAGCCGCGGGACGGCAUGAUGAGGUGCUUACCGUUUUUGACACGAUUACAAACUUCUUCCGUGACAGAAAGGAGACCUACGCGGUGCAUUUCGCCCCGGGCCUGAAACUGGAGCACUGCGAGCAUUUCCUGGAGUGCGUGGCACCGGAGGUGUACCGGAAGGUGCGAGAAAAUUACGAGCAAAGGCAGCAACAGAUGGCAAUCAAGUUCCAUGAACGAGAGCAGGCCGUGAAAGAGACCGCCCGAGCAGAAAGAGCCGAGCUCUUCCGGAUGUUGAAGGAGACCAUGAAUAAAGAGGUCUUGGAGGAAUUUCCACUCGAGUUCUUUGCCUUGAGAGGCUCCGGUCUGGAAUGCAGCAUUUGUCUUGCUCAGCUAGAUUCAUCCAGUGUCAGCCUGCCAGCGCACGUUUUCCACCGCGACUGCCUGCGAGACUGCUUGUCGUCAGACGCAAAGUGCCGCUAG